AUGCCAAGACACAUACUCACCUGUCAAGUGACUAUCCAACAACUAAUUGACCAUUGCGGCAUGCAUAGUCAUCGCAGUACCGUAGCCGGAGGCUUUGGAAAAUAUAUUCCGCAUAUAGAAGCAGAACAAUGCCUGAAGGCUCACCGAUUCCGUCAGUUAGAUCUCAAAGGAAUGGGAGCUGGUGUUAUUUCCAAACUUAUUCUGAAUGGAACCACAGAAGUUUCAGCAACUCUUCAAGGUUUUGCCGACGCCAAUGGUCGAUGCGAAGGUGUAAGAUUCGCCGUCGGUUCCAUCCAAUAUGCUAAUGUGGUGGUUACUGCAGCAAUAUCCAUUAAACUCCAAGAUUAUGUGGCGGUCGCCGAUGUCGAACGAAAUCUAGUUACCCUACGGUCUGGUGGUGUCUGUCCGUACAAUGAUGUUUAUUGUUUUGAUGAUGUUGAAGGCGAAGUUACAUCGAAACGACAUCUAUCCAGUUUAUGCUCACCUAAUAGAUACAUCGUUGUGGAAACCGAAGAUACAGUUUUCGCUUCAAAACUGACCAAACCAGAAGAAAUUUGUGCUCAAAAGGCUUGGCUAACUGAACAAAACCGUUUACUUGAAAUUUUUUUAGGAUUCGGUUGGAUUCUAUUAUCAUCGUACCAUUCGAAUUCCUCAAAAUACAGACAUGAUGGCUCAAGUCGAGGCUCAAGUACUAAGUAA